CACAUGGGGGUGCGGGUGUGCAGGUGCCAAGCACCAUGGGUUAGGCCCGAGAUCGGAGUCCGGCCGCCCCCCGACAGCAGCCGCCUCCUGCUCCCCGCGCACCCCAAGCGCCACCAUGUCGGGCGACAAACUUCUAAGCGAACUCGGCUAUAAGCUGGGCCGCACCAUAGGCGAGGGCAGUUACUCCAAGGUGAAGGUGGCCACGUCCAAGAAGUACAAAGGCACGGUGGCCAUAAAGGUGGUGGACCGGAGGCGUGCACCGCCUGACUUUGUCAACAAGUUCCUGCCACGCGAGCUGUCUAUUCUGCGGGGCGUGCGGCACCCGCACAUUGUGCACGUCUUCGAAUUCAUCGAGGUGUGCAAUGGGAAGCUGUACAUCGUGAUGGAGGCAGCCGCCACUGACCUGCUACAGGCAGUGCAGCGUAAUGGACGUAUCCCCGGUGGGCAAGCGCGAGAUCUCUUCGCCCAGAUCGCCGGCGCAGUGCGCUACCUGCACGACCACCACCUGGUGCAUCGCGACCUCAAGUGCGAAAACGUGCUGCUGAGCCCAGACGAGCGCCGCGUCAAGCUCACCGACUUUGGCUUCGGCCGCCAGGCACACGGCUACCCUGACCUGAGCACCACCUACUGUGGUUCAGCGGCCUACGCAUCGCCCGAGGUCCUUCUGGGCAUCCCCUACGACCCUAAGAAGUACGACGUAUGGAGCCUGGGUGUCGUGCUCUACGUCAUGGUCACCGGAUGCAUGCCCUUCGACGACUCGGACAUCGCUGGUCUGCCACGCCGCCAGAAGCGCGGGGUUCUCUACCCCGACGGCCUCGAGCUGUCGGAGCGCUGCAAGGCCCUAAUCGCUGAGCUGCUGCAGUUCAGCCCGUCGGCCAGGCCCUCGGCCGGUCAGGUCGCGCGCAAUGGCUGGCUGCGUUCGGGAGACUCCGGCUAG